CUCUUAUUUAGCCUCACUGGUCAAACCCGGAAUCUUACCCUUUAUACCAUCUAUGCACACCAUCUAAGUCCCUUUUGACCCUGUCGCUAUCUAUUCCAGCUUAUUAACUUAUCAUUGGGAAUUUUACAGAUGGCUCCACACCACCGUCGCCGUCUUCCGGCCAGCCGUCGUAGAAUUGAGGAUGAGGGAGAGGAGGAUGGUUCUGUUGCCGGAGAUUUCGAAGACGACUCUUUGAGCGAGGCCAGCAGUCAUCAAGAUGAAGAUCCUGAAGGGGAAGGAAGUGACUUCAGCGACAAUGACUUCCCUGCUUCACCUGAAUCUCGGAAAGACGAACGCGUCGAAAGUCGAACCCAGAAGGAGGCAAAUUGCUCGUCCCCGACCAAGACUCCGUUUGCAGCAAAGGUUUCUGAGACAGAAGCAAUGCUAAACGGUAUGAAGCUGGCGGAUGAUACUGCAGGGGUCGCGGAGAUACACUUUGACGACAUGGCUUCGGAACAUGAUGCUAGCCCCGAUCUAAGUGAUAAAGCCACCCGGCUCCCUCAAUCCCAACGGAGGAGAAGAGAGCAGACAGAAAAUGGAAAGGAGAGGGGAGCAAAUCCAGCCUUCGUGCCAACUCGUGGCGGGUUCUUCCUCCAUGAUAAGAGAAGCAGCAACUCUCCAAAUGGUUACCGCACCGCCAACAACAAGCUGAAGAGCAAGCCCCACGGCCUUAUUGUAGACAGCAACGUAAGGCGUCCUCCGCCAAAGCCUGACAUUACGGAUGGCCCUUGGACCCACGACCUACAUGAAUCCGUCAACGAAGGACCUCCUCCCGCCUCUAGUCGACCGUCUUCCACUCUUCCCUCAAAUAUGCCUUCUGGGCAGAGCUCAAAACCAGUUCCCACUGCCCCUAGAUCGACGCCACCCAAUCGCUCCUUUUCAAGUACUGUCUUGAUUGGGAAUGUGCCUGUCGUUGUUUUCUUACCUGGCAUGGCCAAUCCGAUUCCUUACUCUGCUGUUCCAAAGAAACAGCAUACACGUCUUCCUCAGCAUCGACCACCGUUGCGCAGAGAUAAACCAGUGAGAAUUGCGUUGCCCGGCUCACCACCACGCUACAUCUUCCCUUCCACAGAACGAUCAUUCAUAUUCAUCCCUCGUGCUCUUCGCCCGAAUCAACAGGCUUAUCGUGGUCGUGGACGCGGUGGAUUUUACAGCAGCAGAAGAAGCAGCCUGUAUGGAGGAACAGUGUAUACUCCGAGUCUACCGAUGAGCCGCAGAUCGUCGGUUGGCAGAGUCGCUUCUCGCAACGGUAUGAUUUCGCCAGGUGGCUCCGUAAUGUCCCGCCCGCCCAUCAUGGCUGGAGAAGCUGGAAAGCCAGUGGUUCGCCUCCCGCCCGUAGGACGAGGACCACUGCCAGCCGGCCCAAUGGCGCCUCCUCCAGCCCCUCCCAGUGUCGCCUCUGCUGCCGGAGCUGUGCCGCAACCCCUCGCUCAGCCAUCGCCCUAUACUCCUCAGCACCCUCAGUUCCGAGAGAAUCGCCCGACCCCUACUAUACCCAUGCACCAACCUAGACCACAGAAGACAGUUUCUGUAGCCGACAUCGAAUCGCCUAUGAGCCUAUAUAACCCUCCUCAGCAGCUAGAACAGCCUUUUCACCAUCAAGUGCCCAUGGCACUCAAUGGCCCUCCAUACGGUCCUGAAACAGCAGGCUACUCUUCGCAUACUCGUAACGUGUCACAUCCUCCUCAGGCUUCAGCUACACCGCUCUCUCAAAUCCCAGAGCGCGCGAUCCAUGCUCCUCCCUUCCAACCAUACCCUUAUCAGCAACCCCAGAACUACUAUCCAUCCGCUUCUUACCCGUCAGGACCGGUUGGGUACCCGGGUCCAAAUCCAGAUUAUCCGCAGUACAGUGCCCCGGUACCUCCGGGCCCAACACCCGUGUUUGUUCCCGCUGGUCAACAGGCUCCUUAUGGCAUGCCUUCUCAACCUACGACCGAGCAGUUCACCCAAUCCGGAACCGUUGCGCACGAAUCAAACGGCACCGUUUAUUAUUAUGAUGCAUCUCAAUACCCGAAUUACCCCAACGCUACCUACCCUGUGGCGCCGCAAGGCGGAGUUGUCGGGAUGGGUGGCAUGAUUACACCCCCCGGGACUUAUUACUAUCCCCAACAGCCAAAUGGGACAGUGUACUACUCCUAAGAAACGCUAAACAUAAUGUCUCCCAAAGUGCUUUGUUAUUAGUACCUUGUUUAACCUAUCCCUAUUUUUAUAUCAUUCCAAUGUCUCCGGGAUUACAUGAUAGCCGGCGUCCCUUUUGAUGUUUCGUGAUUAUGGCUCGAUUUUUCCUAGCUAGAUUCUUUUAAGUUUCAUGCAUACUGGCGACCUCUUCUUUCGAUAUUGCAGCAAAUUCCCCCUUCUGAAUUUCAUAUGCUUGUGAACCUUUUUCGCCCCCCCUCUUUUUCCAUUCUUCCUUACUUUUGGUUUGUGAAAUCUUUAUAAUGAUAGCAUCAGUUAUGCCGUAUUUAUUCGAA